UGUGCGGCCGGCGGGAGCGCGGCGGCGGCGGCGGCGGUGGCGGUGCGGGGCUGCGGGCGCCGCGGCGGGCGGGGCGCGGCAGCAUGGAGGAGCUGAGCAGCGUGGGCGAGCAGGUCUUCGCCGCCGAGUGCAUCCUGAGCAAGCGGCUGCGCAAGGGCAAGCUGGAGUACCUGGUCAAGUGGCGCGGCUGGUCCUCCAAACAUAACAGCUGGGAGCCGGAGGAAAACAUCCUGGACCCUCGGCUGCUCCUGGCGUUCCAGAAGAAGGAGCACGAGAAGGAGGCGCAGAACCGGAAGAGGGGCAAGAGGCCGAGGGGCCGGCCGCGGAAGCACACGGCGACGGCGGCCUGCAGCCGGCGCGCCAAGCUCAAGGAGUCCGACACGCCCUGCAAGUCCAAAUCCAGCAGCUCCUCCUCUUCCUCUACGUCCUCCUCCUCAUCCUCAGACGAAGAGGACGACAGCGACCUGGACGCCAAGAGGGGCCCCCGGGGCCGCGAGACCCACCCAGUGCCUCAGAAGAAGGCGCAGAUCCUGGUGGCCAAGCCGGAGCUGAAGGACCCGGUCCGCAAGAAGCGGGGACGCAAGCCCCUGCCCCCGGAGCAGAAGGCAGCGCGCAGGCCCGUGAGCCUGGCCAAGGUGCUGAAGGCGGCCCGCAAGGACCUGGGGCCCCCGCCGCUCAGCGCCCCCGUGGCUGGCCUGGCAGCCCUAAAGGCCCACACCAAGGAGGCCUGCGGCGGCCCGAGCGCCGUGGCCACCCCGGAGAACCUGGCCAGCCUGAUGAAGGGCAUGGCGGGCAGCCCCAGCCGCGGCGGCAUCAGCUGGCAGAGUUCCAUCGUGCACUACAUGAACCGGAUGAGCCAGGGCCAGGCGCAGGCCGCCAGCAGGCUGGCGCUCAAGGCCCAGGCCGCCACCAAGUGUGGCCUCGGGCUGGACCUGAAGGUGAGGACACAGAAAGCAGAGCUGGGGCUGAGCCCCCCAGGAAGCAAAGUCCCCAAGGUCACCAGCGGCGGGGCCAUAGAGCAGAAAGCGGGGAGCACCGUGGGGCCCCCCCAUGCCCAUGGCGGCGGCAAGGUACCCGCUGGGUGCCCCGGUCCCCAGCCAGCACCCACGCAGGAGCUGAGCCUGCAGGUCCUAGACUUACAGAGCGUCAAGAACGGUGUGCCCGGGGUGGGCCUGCUCUCCCGCCAGGCCGCCGCCAACAAGGCUGGCACCCCUGCUGCCGCCAGCCCCGCCACAGGGAAGGGCGCCGGGGGUGGCCCCACAGCGGGCAGUGGGGGCAGCGUGACCGUGGACACCAGCAAAGGCGAGAGGCUGGCCUCCAGGGCUUCGGCUCUGCCCACCCCCACGGGCAAGAGGGACGGGGUCAAGGGCAGCGUCGCCCCCGGCGGGCAGGACGGCAGCGCGGCCCCUGGCGAAGGCCGGAAGGCAGCUGCGCUGUCAGAGAUGAGCACGGGCGAGGAGAACAGCAGCUCCGACUCGGACCCUGACUCCGCCUCGCUGCCCAGCGCCGGCCACAACCUGUCCGUGUCCGUCCAGACCAGCCAGGACUGGAAGCCCCCGCGCAGCCUCAUCGAGCACGUCUUUGUCACUGACGUCACCGCAAACCUCAUCACUGUCACCGUGAAGGAGUCCCCCACCAGCGUGGGCUUCUUCAGCCUGAAACAUUACUGAAGGCCCCGCGGCCCACCUGCCCUGGCUGCCGACCCGCGGCCCAGACCCUCUGGGGAACUGUGUCAGGAGGAGGGUAGGGGGCUCCUUUGGGCAGGCUCACAGGGACUUCUCCCUAGACGCCCCCUGACCUGGGCUUGGGGCAGGGGCUGCAGCCCCCCAGCGUCCUACCUCUCUGGGCCUCUGCCUUGCUUCGCCCUUCCACUCAGGAAGCCUGGGCUGCCCCGACAGUCUGUGCGGCAGCAGCCCGCAGCCCGGCUCCUGAUUGCCGGAAGGGGGUCUCCUGGCCCAGCCUGACGGCUCUGCCCCAGGGUGGAAGAGAAGGGGGGGGCGGUGGGUUUGUGCAGGAAGGGCUCUGCUGGUGGUUCUCCAGGCGCCAGACGGUGGAGCAGGGGUGACCCCUCCCCCUUCCAACACGGUGCCUGGGCAAUCAAGGGCAAGGGGGUGGACCCUGUUCCUGGCAGCCAAGGGCGAAGGCCUUACUGUCAGGACGGUUGCUGGCAGCUGCUGGGGUGAGUUCAGGAGCCGGAAGGGGGUGGCCUGGGUGCUGUCUGUCCCCAACUCAGGAGAGCACCUGCAGCCCCAGCCCUGUUGGCCCAGAAGUCCACUGAGGGUGAGGGGCGGCUGGUCCCAGGGCUCUUCCAUCUGAAGAGCAGCUCUGGGGACAGAACAGAUGUCACUGCUGCCUCUCCUGCUGGCCUGUGCCCCUGCCCAGGGCCCAGUAGGGCGCUUCCAGGUUCCAGGAUUGGGGAGGUAGGCUGCAGGUGCACAGCUCCGCUGGCUGGGGCAGUGGUUGGGCCUGGACUGGGCUGCGAGCCGACCUCUGCGGCAAGCCUCUUCCUCCAGCCGCUGGGUUCUCCCCGUGACCCCGCAGGCUGGCCCCGCGGCACCGGAAGACAGGCGUGCAGCCAUUGCGGGGCUGUCCUGCGCCGGCUCCCGGAGGUGGUGCAGGGGUUUGCUGAAGCCUGCAGAGCCGGAUGAGCCAGCCCUGGGGUGCCACUUCCCCUGACAAUCCCCCCCACUUGGGGGUUCAUUGCCUGCUCUCCGCUGGGAGGCCCUGUCCCUGUGCCAUCUGGGAGGCCCCCUGGCAGAAGGCCCCCGGGGAGCCCGGCUCUGUCUGCCAGCCUUGGCGCUGAGGCCCUAUCACCCCUCCCUGAGAAAGGCAAGUGCUCAGGGCCGAGCCUCUUCCCAAGUGCCCCCGCCAAGAUGCCUGUGUUUUGGGACCACCCAAGACUGGUGUCCGAGCUGCUGUCCCGAGAGGACAGCUUGGGGCAGAGAGGUGGUCCGUGGGUGGCCUGGAGACUGGAGGUGGCAGCGGAGGGCAGUAGGUCACUGGGUCUCUCUGUGAUGCCAAAAAGAAUGGCGGGGCCAGCACGGCAGCUGCGUCUGCUGUCCGUGGUGGUGCUCGGCGGAAGGCAAGGCCUCACCUGCAGGCCCCGCUGAUCCCUCACCCUCUGUGCCAAAUAGCAAGAGGUGGCCUUGGUGAAGCCAAAUUGAGCUCAACGGCGUGCCUUUGUGGACAGAACUUGUCCGUGACUGCAUCGAGGGCCGUCUGGGUGCAGCCCCCUGGUCUGGUGCCCCUGUCUGCAGACUGGAGCCCUGGGGGUCCCCAAUAAGGAGGCAGCGAGGGCCAGAGUCGGCCCCUGUGCUGUUCUAGGGAGAGACCAGCUCACUGUCCUGGGGAUUGGAUCCAGUGGCCUGGGAUCCUGGCUCCCGAUAGCCAGUGCCUCGCUCUUUCUCAAGGGAACUGAACCCCAAGCUCUACGGCGUGUUUCCUGCCGGGGCGGGCCCCAAGGCCAGGGGAGCAGCUCCUGGCCACGCCCUCGGGUCUCUGAGCGGUCAGGGAAUUGGGGGGCGCCUGCGCCCGCCGGCCGCCUCCCCUGCCCUAAUUCGGUGCCUUUGUUUACCAGCUUCUGCAAUCCCAAAGUUUGAGUCUGCGAACACCUUAGCCCCAGCCACUUUGCCUUCUCGCUGCGUCCGUGUCUUCCUGGCGCAUGUGACCAGCAGGUGCACACACGGCCCCAGCCUCUGCCAGGGCACUGCAUCAGAUGCGCAGAGUGGGAUGUCUAUGUUUACCAAUAAAUAAAAGUAGUACUUUUUGUAUUUUGAUUUGCUGCUAUCUGUGUGUAGCUAGGCAUCGGUCACCCAUCUGAUCUGCCGUGUCCCUCCCUGGGGUCCUAGGUGAGGCUUAGCAUGGUGUGUGUGUGUCAAUACGUUCCUACCCCGUCUUGUCUUUGUUUGCUUCUGUAUCAUGUAGGAAGAAAUGGCUUGUCUGUCCUGUUCCUUAGAGGGGUCAGAUAUUUUUAUAUAUAUAUUUUUGGUACCAAAAAAGAGUGUUGCUUGCUUUAGUUACACUCAAAACCCUGAUCUGACUAGCGAGGGCGCUGGGCCUGACCUUUCAACCCAUGCCAAUCACUGGCUGGAUUUGUGGUUUUUUAAUUAAAAAAAAAAAAAAAAAAGCCAAAUCACCCAUAUAGGCCACAUGUAAUUGCCUUACACUGUGGCUGUUUGCUUCAUUGCCUUGGGAAAACUUAAGACCUUCGCCUAAAGGACAGCAGCCGGCGUAAUCAGCACCAGCCAGUCCAGGGCAGUGUGCCCCCCAGGGAGCCCCUCAUGGCUGGGGAGAGGGGGAGGCAGUGCCUACACGAGCAGACUUUCCAGUGCGCCUCAUGACCCUAGAGCUUUCUGAGUAUUUGGGGGAACUAACACUAGCAUAGGUGCAGCUUCUUUAGGGCGGUGUUAAUUUAUUUUUGCUGGAGAAAUUAGCAAAGGGUGUCACAGGUUUGCAUCAUUUUGUUAACUCUUAGAUAUCAAUAAAUAUUUUUUUUAAAACUUU